UCUGGUCUAUGGUUCGCUGGGUGCCUUGCGACAAGACUGCUGAUCGUUUAAACAACAAAGUUAAACAAGUACGCCGGAUGCUUUGUUACUUAAGUGAUACAGCUGAGCUGAGCGAGUGAGCGACUUGACAACGUGGGUGGCCGUGAUUCGCUGGAUCCCAUCUCGACGACGAUGCUGCUGCUGAUACUGCUAAUGAUGCUGCCGCAUAUAAGCCAGGGGCUGUGGUACAGCUGCGAUUACAGCGUGAAACUCAGAAACGAAGAGUACGACUUACGGAAGCGCAACAUGUCUAAGGAACUGCACAACUACGUUUGCAACUCGCCCGACUAUGACAAGAUGAUCCGGCCAAACCCCACAGGCGAUGCGACCGACGUGAAAAUCACAAUCGUCGUCAAAAAUUUUGGAUCCAUCGACGUCUUAAACAUGGAAUACAAAGUCACCGUCAUCCUUGUGCAGUGGUGGAUCGACCACCGUCUCCGUAUGAACUGCAGCACGGGGGGCGACACUUACAUGGACAUGUCCGACGCGACGUUGGGCUGCCUGUGGAGGCCCAGCGUCUUCUUCGACAACGAGAAGAGCUCCGUGGUGCACUCCGUGACGGCACCCAACAGCAUGCUGAGGAUUUACGACGACGGGAAUGUCUUUUACACCUUGAGAAUCACCCUUACCCUCAGCUGCCACAUGGAUCUCCAUAAAUACCCCUGGAUUAAACAGACCUGUCCCAUGACGAUUGUCAGCGCCAGCUACACGGACAAGGAUGUGUUACUGCAGUGGCACAAGACGCAAAACAUGACGCUACCCGGGGAGCUCAACGUCUCCCAGUUUGAUGUCGAUACCAGUGUCACCCUGAGCAACAACACCAGCAAUGAAAUCAUGGGAAAUAUAUCGCGCCUGCAUGCCGAGUUCAAGCUGUGUCGGUCAAUAUGUUCCUCCGAAAAACAUAUCUUCAUUUCAAGCGGCCUCAUCACCCUCCUGUCCUGCUUUUCGUUCCUGAUCCCCACCGAGAAGGCGCCGGCACGUGUUGCCAUCAGCGUCGCCACCACCAUCUCGAUGACCAUGCAGUGCGCCAGCACUCACGCCAACAUGCCCAAGGUUCCGUACAUGACAUCCAUAGAUAAUUGGAUGGUCAAGUGCCUCCUGUUCAUCAUUUCCAUCUUUAUCAUAAGCAUUCUGCAGAUUUGCUAUUACUCUAAGGACAACUCGGCACAAAAUAAAGCUACUGCACUGCAGCCACCAGAGACACAAAAUAAACAACGGAAGCCAGCUGCCACUCCGUACCAUGAUGUAAGCGGCGAACGAGAUCCCCUACUCGGCAGUAACCGUCACCGACCGCAUGGAGCUCCUGUAGGCUGCUGCCUGCACCGAUGUUGCUGCAAACCAAUCAAAGACAAAAGUCUUGAAAAAUAUGUGAACAGGAUAUUUUUUUUCAUUUCUAUGUGUGCCUUCAUUGGCCUUUUCGCUUCAUUCUGUGAAAAUUGUCUGCCUAUGUUGCUUGAUAUACUAAAACCCUAUCCUUGACCCAAAUAAUCCGUGUUUCAUCGAAUCAAUUGUCCAAUUAGCAAUGAUCAAAUCAAUUGCUUAAUUAGCAAGUAUGGAAUCACUAGUUCAAGUAUCUAUCAUCUGAUCACUUGCUUAUUAGCGAUUAUGAAUCACUUCCUUAAUUAGCAAUUAUCGAAUCACUUUUUCAACCAACAAAUAUCGAAUCACUUGUUCAAUUUGCGAUUAUAGAAUCAAGUGUUCAAAUCGUGAUUAUCAAAUCAUGUGUUCAAUUUGUAAUUAUUGAAUUUUUUGCCCAAUUUCUGGAUAUCUGUGAAAAAGAGCUUUAUAGCUCAUGGAAUUUCUCCUUCAGUCUGUAAUAAAGAUUAUGAUUCUGAUGCUGAAUUAUGGAUCGUCGAGAUUUGUUCAAUUAUCAAUUAUCGAAUCACUUGUCCAAUUAGCGAUUGAUAUGUGAAAAUCUUCUAUGGUGGGAUAUGCAAAUGUUAUAUUUAACGUGAUGCACAGAAAAGGAGAGAGAUGGAUGGAUGGAUGGCCGUUAGAAUGGAGACUAAAUGGUACAGGACAACAAUUUGAUGAUGAAGCAGCACAAGUACACACAGGGGCAGUCCUAGACUAGCUGCCAGCAACUGGCGCCCUCGGCGAACCAUGCAAUCGGCGCCCCCACUCCCAAACCCCAAGGGCAGA